AACAGUGAGUGAACAUCGACGGUCUUUCUUUCGCAGCAAACGCAAGUGCUGCGGCAACAGACUGGUGUCUCCCCAAGCAGUGCGCAAGGAGGACAGAGGGGGACUGUGGCGAGGAUUUUUACCAAUGUCUCUAGAGAAAACAACAUUAUAGUCUCUAAACAUGACUUCAGUUUGGAAGAGACUUCAGCGUGUCGGCAAGAAAGCCUCGAAAUUCCAGUUUGCGGCGACUUUUCAAGAACUGACGGUAGAAUGCACGAAGAAAUGGCAGCCAGACAAACUGAGAGUAGUAUGGACCAGGAGAAACAGACGAAACUGCACCAAGCUGCAUGGAUGGCAGCCGGGCAUCAAGAACCCCUACAGGGGCACGGUAGUGUGGCAGGUGCCUGAAAACCUGGACAUCAAUGUCACACUUUUCAAGGACCCGACUGCAGACGAAUUUGAAGACAAGGACUGGACGUUCAUCAUUGAGAAUGAGACUAACAAGGGCCACAGGAAGGUGCUGGCAUCGGUGGACAUCAACAUGAAGAAGUUUGCCAGCCCCACGCCUGCCCAGUAUGACCUGACGCUGAAGCUCAAGCCUCUGUCGGUGAAGGUGGUAGAGGCCACGCUCAAACUGACCUUGACCUGCGUCUUCCUCAAAGAGGGCAAGGCCACAGAUGAGGACAUGCAGAGUCUGGCCAGUCUGAUGAGUCUGAAACAGAGUGAUAUCGGCAACCUGGAUGACUUCAACGAUAGUGACGAGGAAGAGGGCGGAAGAAGAGCCAGCAUCGGAGCCAGCAUGGGAGCCGCAACUCCCGUCACAGCUCCCACGAGAAGAAUACGUGAUCAGGCAUGGAGACCUGUGAUUGACCCAGAGGCCACAGCUGCCAGUAAGAUGGAUUGGAGUAGCUCAUCUGGCACUGUGUCUACCAUCUCACUUCUGUCACGUCCCCCUCUGCCUGUACCCCUCGACCCCUCCGCCCCGCCUCCUGCCCCUGCCGCCCGCUCCCGACUCACCACCGGCCCUGCGGGCACCGCUCACCCGGCACGACCCUCCCCCUAUGCCUACCAAGUGCCAGCCUUUCUCCGCGCCCACCCACCUGCACUGCCCAAAAUCUUCCAGCCCGCUGCUGGCUCAGUACCCAUAUCUGUAGCCCGGAGGCCCUGUGGCUUCCAGAGUGAUCCGGUCCUUGACCCUGCCAGUCUUGCUGAGGGCCAUGUGGCCCCUGGUCUCCCCACCUUCUCUCCAUCAAGACCCCUCUCAGCAUCCUUCACUGGGCCUUCCACCUCUCCUCUUUCCUCUUCACCCUCUGCCCAAUCCGUCCUUCCACCUCCCUCUUUCUCUGAUAUUCCACAGACAGCCACCUACGCUGCGGCUCGCACCAGUGCUUGGAGACCCCAGAGCGUCCCUUCCUCCUCUUUCUCCUCCUCCUUCUCCUCCACCACUUUCGGCACCUCCCCUCCUGCGUCCCAGCCCCUCCCUGUCCCCCGUCGGCCCAAAGCAUACAUCACCUCCCUGGCAGAGCCGGGCUCCGCCCUCACUAGGCCUACCAGCCUGCCCUCGGCCCCCGAGACAGUACCCUGGCAGAGUGAAUGGAGACCGCCCAAAUCCCAGGCCCCUCUGGCCCAGCUGGACCUCUCCCCCAAAUUUCUGCACCCCUCUCCCCCUGACCCAGUGGAGCCUGUGCCCCUGGAGAAGACAAAACAGAGCAUGGAGACACCAUGUAAUCCUGCUUGCUCUCAGCCUGAUCCCUCCAUGUCAUUCUCCCUUGAUGUGUCCCAUUCUUCCAUGUUGCAGUCUCCUCUCCCCAUCCCUCCCCCUGUGCUAGCCUCAUCUCCUGCAUCCUCCUCUCUCCCCACCCCUGAUUACGCAUCUGACCCAAUGGAAGCACCUUACUGCACUCUUGUGUCCUCAUCACCCCCCCCUCUCGUAACCACCUCUGGCUCUGAUGCUCCUGCCCUCACCCCUGCUUCUGCGCCUGCCAUCGUCUCUGAUUCUUCCUCAUCCACUCCCAUUGAUGUUAACCCUACUCCUGCAUCAUCCAUGCCUCCCAUUACCUCUGAUGACCCAGCCCUUUCCCCAACCUCCACCCCUGACCCUUCCCUAUCCUCUACCCCUGGUCUUUCCCCUGAUCCCACUGUUCCCACCCCUGGUCUUCCUACUGCUUCUGACCCUACUGCUGCCCAAUGUUAUGACCCCGCUCCUGGUUCCUCCCCUCAUGCUAUCGGCGCUUCUCCGCGUGCUGCAGAUCCUGCUUCUGCCGCUGUCUCCCAGUCAGUCCCCCCUGCUGUGCCCCAGACUGCAGAAUGGAUGCACCAGGGGGUUCCCACAUUGGUCCACCCCAAUUUGAAGAGGCUGGUCUCCCCUCCUCUGGAGCUCCCCCACUCAUCCUCUCCUCUCUCACUCACCCCCUAUCCUGUACCUACUCCUGUGUUCUUUGCUGGCUCUCAGACUCAAGUCCCCACUGCCCCCCUCCCAGCACCAGUCACUGAUCCCCAAGAGACAGAGUUUCAGAGGCAGUUGAGCACUCUGACAGAGGAGGAAUACACCACUGCCACAACUCCCACCCGCACUGCUGGAAUGAUCAGUAUUGCCAAUCAGAGGCCAGACCCAUCAACAUCCUCACUUGACCCAUUGGCUAAGCCCUUUGAGACAAGAGCCUAUGAGAGAAGAUUGGGGGCAGACUCAAUGUUUGGAAUGGAGGUUGUCCAGGCAACGGCAGGACCUGAGAUCAUGACCCCUCUCCUGCCUUUUAGCCCCCGAGCACCCUCUGUUCCGGGGCUCCAAUAUUUUGAGAUGCCAAAACCGAUUGCAAAGAGUCAGGUAGAGGAGAGGUCAAUCAGGGCACUCCCAGUUCCAACACCCCAGCAACCUCUCCCUUUUGCACCCAUGCAAAGGCCUGGCUUACCUGAGCCCACAGUCACAUCCAUGAAGUCACUUGACAGAACGAGGAGUCACUUGAACAAGAUGUCCAUGCAGAUAGGGACACCGUUAGCCAAACCAGAGCCUGAACAGAUUGUGACAGUAGCCAGUGGGCAGCAGAGGAUGAUGGCCCCGCCGCCCCCCCAUCUCACUGAGUUGCAGACCACACGGCCGUACAGAGUGUCGCAGAGCGGUCUGCCAAAGGAGAAAGACCCAAAGAAAGAGCAGGGGCGGACACUGGUCCCUAAGAAAGAUGCUCCUAAAUAUUCAAGAGGUUCAAAAGAACGAGUGGUACCCAUGGAUUGGGGAACUAAAAGUAUGGCUGCCUCGCUGCCAUCUUGUCCAAAAGUGUCCAGUUACCCUGGUUUCCCAUCCACAUUGAUUAGGAACAGAUUUAAGGCCCGACCCGAAGAAUGGCCCAUUGACAAAAACCCAUUAUGGGAGAAGCCACUGAAAGGAACACCAAUUAUCACCCCUGCACCUAAAACGUUGGAUGAGGACCAGAAAGUAAUGGAAAGAAUGGCUGCCCUGUUGCCAAGUUGUCCAAGGGUAGCCAGUGUUCCUGGGUUUCCCUCAGCACCACCACCCAAAACAGAGAGACCAGCACCACCACCCAAAACACAAAUGGAACCAAGUAUGGUGAAUCUAGCGCCAACUUGCACAAGCAUAUCCAGUGCAUCUGGUUUGGCCUCCAGGAAACCAAAGGAGACUGAAGGGGCUGAGGCUGUAGGUUUGACUGUGGAUAAGCAGCUGAAAUGGGAGAGACCACAUGAUGAGAAGACGGUUAUUGGGCUUUCUUCGUCAGUUGCUUUAGACCAAGUGUAUGGAGACAAAGAAAUGUUGAAACGUAAGGUAGUACUUGUCCCAUCUUGUCCAAGUGAGAGUACUAUUCCUGGUUUUCAAUCUGUUCCAAGGCCCAAAGCCCAGGUUGUGCCAAACAUGAUUAACAUAAUGCCAUCUUGCCCAAGGGUAUCUAGAGUUCCUGGAUUGCCAACCAUAGACCCGACAAAGGCAGUACACUGGCCAGUAGAUGCAAAGGCUCUGUUUAAGAAGUUACCUAAAGAGGUAGAAUUAUUGAUGGUCCAUUUAGAGGAUGUUGACACAGUUUAUAAUGAUAGUGAAAAGGUCAAGACAAUGGUGGCUCUUAAACCAUCUUGCCCCAAAACAGCCAGUAUUCCUGGCUUCCCAUCUGAACCAAUGCAAGAGCCAACCAAAUUGCCCAACGUUGGGACAAUAAAGCUUUCUGAAUCUGAACUGAAUAUGGUUAACCUUCUGCUUACAUGCCCUUUAAUGGCCAGAGUUUCUGGUUUACCCUCUAAACUGCCAAUUAAGUUAGAUAAUGUUGAUUGGCAUGCUAACAGUAGGCCAAUUCUAGAGAGACCAUUGAAGAAAAUAGCACUUUCUGUGGUGCAGGAAAUGCGACAAAAGGACAAAGAACUUACCAAAAAUAUGGCAGAUAUGUUACCAUCUUGCCCGAAUAAGGCCAGGAUUCCAGGUUUCCCCUCUGCAUCUAGGCAGAAGCUAGUAGAAACACCAGGUAUGAUCAGUCAGAAGCUAGUAGACACACCAAGUAUGACCAGUCUUCUGCCUACAUGCCCUAGACUUUCUACGGUUUCUGGUUUACCCUCCAGACAGCCAAUCAGUUCUAGAGAUGAAGAUUGGCUUGUGGACAGAGUUCCACUGUGGGCGAAGCCAUUGAAGGAAAGAGAGGGGCUUAUUUUACAUAUUUCCCAAGAUCAUGAAAAAACAUUCAAAGACACUAAAAUGAUGGAAAACAUGACAGCCAUGUUACCAUCUUGCCCAAAGAAGGCUAGUGUGCCUGGCUUCCCUUCUGCACCAAGGCAAGUGCCGAAUAUGGUGAGUCUUCUUCCAACUUGUCUAAGGGUAUCUAUAGUUCCUGGAUGGCCAGCUUUAAAUCAGAAACCAAAACAGGCAGUAGUUUGGCCAGUAGAUAAAGAGACAUUGUUUACAAAGUUACCAAGAGAGAGGCCAGGAUUAUUAUUGGAUGUUAACACAGUCUAUCAUGAUAGUGAAAUUACCAGGAAUAUGUUUGCUAUGACACCAUCCUGCCCUCGAUUCACUAGCAUUCCUGGCAUCACCUCUGCCCAAAGGAAAGAACCCCCAUCCUGCCUCAAAGCAGCCAGUAUUGCUGGCCUCCCUUCUGAACCAAGGCAAGAGCCAAAUGUGGUUAGCAUUCUGUCUACUUGCCCUAGACUUUCUAGGGUUUCUGGUUUACCCUCGACACAGACAAUCAGUUCUAGAGAUGAAGAUUGGCUUGUGGACAGAAAGCCACUGUGGGAAAAGCCAUUGAGGAAAAUGGAUGUGAUGAUUCAACCAAUUUCUCCAGCUCUUGGCAUAGCAUAUAAAGACAAAAUGAUGUUGAAAUAUAUGGUAGCCUUGUUACCAUCAUGCCCUAGGAAGGCCAGUAUUCCUGGCUUUCCUUCAAAACUGAAGCAGAGGUUAGGAUCCCCAAGAAUGAUCAUGAAGUAUGAUCUUCUUCCUACUUGCCCUAAACUUUCCAUAGUUUCUGGUUUACCCUCUAGACAUCCAACUGAGUCAGAGCCUGACUACUGGCAUGCUAUCAGGGGGCCAAUAAUAGAAAAGCCAUUGAGGAAAACAGUUGAGCUGAUCCCAUCACUUUCUGUAGCACAUGCAAUGUCAAAUGAGCACAAAGAACUUAUGAAAAAUAUGGUUGCUAUGUUACCAUCUUGCCUGGAAAAGGUUGGUGUAGCUGUUGUAGCAUCUGCGCCAUGGCAAGAGUCAAAUAGGCAUCCUACUUGCCCUAAACUUCCCAGAGUACCUGGUUUACCCUCUAGACUUCCAAACAAUUCUGAUGAUAUUGACUGGAAUGUGGACUGCAGUCCACUGUGGGAGAAGCCAUUGAAGAAAAGAGAGGGACUUAUUUUACAAGAUCAGGAAAUGGCAUUCAAAGACACUGAAAUGAUGAAAGACAUAGUAGCCAUGUUGACAACUUGCCCAAGGAAGGCAACUAUCCCUGGCUUUCCAUCUGCACCCAUGCAAGAGCCCAGUAUGGUAAACCUUAUGCCUACAUGUCCUAGACUGGCUAGAGUUUCUGGUUUGCCUUCCAAACAGCCAACCACGUCUAGAGAUGAAGAUUGGUUUGUGGACAGAAUACCACCGUGGGAGAAGCCAUUGAGGAAAAGGGAUGUGCUUAUCCUACCAAUUUCUUUAGCUCAUUAUAAAAAUAAAGACAUUGUGGAAAAUAUGGCAGGUAUGGUACCAUCUUGCCCAAGGAAGGCCAGUGUACCUGGCUUCCCCUCUGCACCAAGGCAAGAGCCAGAUAUGGUUAACCUUCUGCCUACUUGCCCUAGACUCUCUAGGCUUUCUGGUUUACCCUCUAGAGAGCCAAUCAGGUCUAGAGAUAAAGAUUUGCUUGUGGACAGAGUUCCACUGUGGGAGAGGCCAUUGAAGAAAAGAGAGGGAGUUAUUUCACAAGAUCAGGAAAAGCCAUUCAAAGACACUGAAAUUAUGAAAAAUAUGGUAGCCAUGUUGCCAUCUUGCACCAGGAAGGCCAGUAUUCCUGGCUUCCCUUCUGCACCAACGCAAGAGCUGAAUAUGGUUAACCUUCUACCUACUUGCCCUAGACUGGCUAGAGUUUCUGGUUUACCCUCCAAACAGCCAAUUAUGUCUGAAAAUGUUGAGUGGCAUGCUAACAGCAGGCCACUCUUGGAGAGACCAUUGAGGAAAAGAAAAGCAUGUCUAAUGCAGGAAAUACCACACAAGGACAAUGAGCUUAUGAAAAAUAUGGUGGUCAUGUUACCAUCUUGCCCAAGGAAGGCUAGUGUCCCUGGCUUUCCAUCUGCACCAAGGCAAGAGCCAAGUAUGGUUGACAUAAUGCCAAAUUGUCCAAGGGAAUCUAGAGUUCCUGGAUUGGCAGCUAUCGAACAGACACAAACAGUAGAGUGGCCAGUUGAUAAAGAGUCACUGUUGACACCUAGAGAAAGGCCAGAAGAAUCAAUGUUCCAUUUGGAGGAUGUUGGCAGAGUCUAUCAUGAUACUGAACUUGUGAAGAAUAUGGUAGCUUUGUCAUCAUCCUUCCCCUGGAAGGCCAGUACACCUGCUCCAAGGCAAGAGCCAAGUAUGGUUAAUCAUCUGCCUACUUGUCCUAGACUUUCCAGAGUUUUUGGUUUACCUUCUAGACAUCUGCAUAAGUCAGAAAAUGAUGACUGGUAUGCUAACAGGCCACUUUUGGAGAGGCCAUUGAAGAAAAGUACAGUUUACGUGCAGGAAAUGCCACACAAGGAUAAAGAACUUACAAAAAAUAUGGUAGAUAUGUUACUAUCUUGCCCGAAUAAGGCCAGGAUUCCAGGCUUCCCCUCUGCACCGCAGUCGAAGCUAGAAGACCCACCAAGUAUGAGCAGUCUUCUGCCUACUUGCCCUAAACUUUCUAAGGUUUCUGGUUUACCCUCUAGAGAGCGAAUCAAGUCUAGAGAUGAAGAUUGGCUUUUGGACAGAGUGCCACUCUGGGAGAAGCCAUUGAGGGAAAGGGGUGAGCCAAUUCUAGACAUUUCUCCAGCUCAUGAUAAAGACAAAGAUCUGAAACAUAUGGUAGCUAUGGUACCAUCUUGCCCCAGGAAAGCCAGUGUACCUGGCUUCCCUUCUGCACCAAGGCAGAGAUCAGUAGAAACCCUAAGUAUGGUGAAUCUUGUGCCUACUUGCCCAAAGGUAUCGACCGUUUCUGGAUUGCCAGCUUUGGAUCAGAAUCAGGCACCAGAUUGGCCAGUAGAUAAAGAUUCUUUGAAGAUGUCACCAAGAGAAAGGUCAGGAUUAUUAGAUAAUUUUGGCACAGUCUGUAAUGAUAGUGAAAUGGUCAGCACCAUGGUUGCUCUUACACCAUCCUGCCCAAGAGCAGCCAGUAUUCCUGGCUUCCCCUCUGCACCAAGGCAAGAGCCAAUUAUGAUUAACCUUCUGCCUACUUGUCCUAGACUUUCCAGAGUUUUUGGUUUACCUUCUAGACAUCUGCAUAAGUCUGAAAAUGUUGUCUGGCAUGCUAACAGGAGGCCUCUUUUGGAGAGGCCAUUUAAGAAAAUAACAGUUUCUUUGGUACAAGCAAUGCCACACGAGAACAAAGAAUUUACAAAUAACAUGGUAGAUAUGUUACCAUCUUGCCCGAAAAAGGCCAGGAUUCCUGGUUUUCCCUCUGCACCACAUCCCAAAGUUGAGAUAGAUCUUAGUAUGUUGAGUCUUGUUCCUGCUUGCCCUAAAGUUUCCAGUCUCCCGGGUUUCGCAUCCACUGAAGGGUCUACAACAUUAGAGUGGCUUGUUGACCCAAAGCCUAUGUUUGAACACUUGCAAAAGAAGGAGGAGGAAGAAUAUGUUUUUCCAAAAGACCAAUCAAAAGAAGACAGUGACAAAAUGAAAGCAAUGGUUGCUUUGAUGCCAUGUUGCCCAGUAGCAUCCAUGAUUCCUGGUUUCCCUUCUGCACCAUAUAAAAAGGCUGAGGAGGCACCAAGUAUGAUGAAUCUUGUUCCCUCCUGCCCUAAAAUGUCUAGUCUCCCUGGUUUUCCAUCCAUUGUGGGGAAUAGGGAAACAGGGCGGGUAGUUUACGAGAGGCCAUUGUUCAAGAGACUUCCAAAGGAGAGGAAAGUCAUUAUUGACAGUUUAAAGGUAGACAAAGAGGAAAUGAAAACCAACGUUCCUUUGAGGCCAUCAUGCCCUCAUGCUGCACGGAUCCCUGGCUUCCCAUCUGCACCACAACCCAAUAUGUUGAGUCUUGUUCCCACUUUCCCUAAAGUUUCCAGCCUCCCGGGUCUCGCAUCCACUGAGGGGGGUAAAACAGAGUGGUUUGUUGACCCGAAUCCUAUGUUUGACCACUUGCAGAAGAAGAAGAAGGAAGAAGUUUUUCCAAAAGACGGAUCAAAGGAAGACAUUGACAAAAUGAAAGCAAUGUUUGCUUUGAUGCCAUCUUGUCCUGAAUCAUCUGUGAUUCCAGGCUUCCCCUCUGUACCUGGGAAUAAAUUUGCAGACACACCAAGCAUGAUCAGUCUUCUGCAGACUUGCCCUAAACUUUCUAAAGUUUCUGGCUUACCUUCUAGACUUCCUAACAAUUCAGAUAAAGAUGGCUGGUGUGUGGACAAGAGGCCACUGUGGGAGAGGCCAUUAAAUAACAGAGACACACUAGCCCUUUGUCCAGUGCAAAGAUUAUCAUUCAAAGAGAGAGCAAUGAUUAGAAUUAUGGUGUCUAUGUUACCACCUUGCCCAAUAAAAGCCACCAUUCCAGGCUUUCCCUCAUCGUCACGGCACAAGUCGGAUAGGGCUCAUGUUAGGGUGAUCCCAAGCAUGGUACAUCUAUGGCCUACCUGCCCGAAACAUGCGAGGGCUUCAGGUUUCGUCUCAAGACGUCCAUCCAUGGCAGGACAUGAUGUCUGGCAUGUUGACAGGGAGCCAUUUUGGGUUAAAUCAUUGAGGAAAGGAGAGGGGCUUAAUCUCCAGCUUUCUCCAGUUGAGGAUAUGUCAUUCAGAGACAGAGAAAUAAUGACAAGUAUGGUCCAUUCAUGCCCAGCAAAAGCCACCCUUCCUGGCUUCCCAUCGGCUCCACGAGCCCAAACUGCUCAUGUUGAAGUAGAAAAAGAACCAUGCAUGAUUUCCCUUUUCCCAUCUUGCCCGGAAGUGUCUAGUAUCAUUGGUUUUCCUUCAAGACAAUUGAUCAUGUCGGAUGAUGGUUAUGUAGAGGGCUGGCCGAUGGUCAAAAGUGUAGUCUGGGAGAAAUCACCAACGAGGGUUGCUAAUACUCUGGAGACUCUGGAUUGCUCUCCAUUUGAGGGAGACUGUUGUUACAGAGACAAAGUCAUGAUAAAGGCAAUGUUAUCUCUUAUACCAUCCUGUCCAAGUGUUGCUUUGAGUCCAGGUUUCCCAUCUCUUCAGCUUUGUCCAUCUGAGGAAAUGUCAUUUAGAGACAGAGAAAUAUUGACAAGUAUGGUGCUGUCAUGCCCAGCAAAAGCCACCCUUACUAACUUCCCAUCGGUUCCACAAGCAAAAGAUGCUCAUGUUGAAGUAGAGAAAAAGCCAUGCAUGACUUAUCUUUCCCGAUCUUGCCCGGAAGUUUCUAGUAUAAUUGGUUUUCCUUCAAGACAGUCAGUCAUGUCUGAUUAUGCUUAUGUAGAGGGCUGGCCGACAGUCAAGAGUGUACUAUGGGAGACACCACCAACGAGGGUUGCUAAUACUCUGGAGACUCUGGAAUGCUCUCCAUUUGAGGGAGACUGUUGUUACAGAGACACACUCAUGAUAAAGGCAAUGUUAUCUCUUGUACCAUCCUGUCCAAGUGUUGCUCUAUGUCCGGGCUUUCCAUCUGUGCCACAGCUCAAAAUAGAGAAGCUUCCGAGUAUGGUGAAUAUUGUGCUAUCUUGCCCCAACAUUUCUAAUGUUAUUGGGCUCCCAUCCAUAAAGAUAGAACUAGCAGAGCAGGAUCCAGUUAAGGGUUGGCCAGCUGACCAAAAGCCAUUGUUAGAGAAGCCAGUGAAGGCGAGGCUCUCUGUGACUGUACUUUCCUCCCCAGUUAUGAGUAGAUCAAAAGACGACAAAGAGUUUGAUAGACAUAUGAUGGCCCUGGAGCCAACGUGCCCAGAAGAAGCCAAAAUACCUGGUUUUCCCUCUGCCCCAAGACCCAAGGCAGAGCAAUAUAUUACUUCCACAGUUAAAUCGUCAUGCUCCAAUGUUGCCAAAGUGUCUGGCUUUCCCUCUUUACAACUAGAGAAAGUAGAUAAGGUUUUAGUAGAGUACUGGGCUGUGGAGCAUGGACCAUUAUGGCAGAAAACACAGAAAGAGAUUCCAGCUAUUGGAGUCAGUGGAUCAGAUGAUGCCAACGGAAUGGCAGCUAUGUUAUUAUCUUGCCCAAAAGAAGCUAGUAUACCUGGCUUUCCAUCAGCACCAUGGCCUAAAGAAGAACAAGAGCCAAACAUGCCCAGUCUUUUGCCAACUUGCCAAAUGGUUACACAUGUCCAAGGGAUUUCAUCCACAAAGACGCAAAAUCAAGAGGAUGCUCCAAUUCAUCAGUGGCCCGUGGAGGAGAGGCCAUUUUGGGAAAAGUCACUGAAAGAGAAAACAGUGCAGUCUCUGGCUCCCACUCAUGAUGAAUUAGAGAAGGGAAUGGUGUCUAUGUUGCCAUCUUGCCCAAGUGAGGCCAUUGCACCUGGCUUUCCAUCGACACAUUGUCAAACGCCUCUCCACAGUGAUUCGUCUCUCAAUCAACAGUCAAGUCGAGGUAAAAGGCCUGAGUGGGCAGAGGAGAUAUAUGACUGCAAGGAGGGCCAAACAGAGCUUAGCCACAAACCCAAACUAAUCAAAGCAGUGGUGAAUGAGAACAAACAAGAAUUUAAACAUGGCUCAGUUUUGGAGAGGCUCAAGGAAGAGGGGGUCAUUCAGACCAGAUAUGAGGCGCAAGAAGUGGGCGUUCUAGAAAGAGGACACUUGCACUGCCGAAUGUGGCACUCCAUUCCUACAGACAUGCCAUUAUUCUUGACUGUCAGAGAGAGCCGUUCGCGUCAGCCUCCCAUCCAAGGGGGACAGCCAUUGCCGUAUGGGAUGGGAGCAACUGUUGACAAUGAGAUUGUGGCACUAGCAGAGUAUCAAGUUGUAGAGGACUUGGACAUGAUAUGUGAGGAAGAAGCGGUAGAGGAAGACUUAGAGUCAGUCUCUGGAAUGGAGCAUUCUGGGAAGGAAGAGGUUACUGUGGCUAGGCAGGUGAAAGUGUAUGAGAUGCGACCGCAAAACAUGGUUUCAUCAUGCCCAAGAGUUGCCAGUGCACCAGGGUUUCCAUCCACCCAAACAUCCUGUUCAGAGGCUCAAUUAGAAGACUGCCCAGUGGACACGAGCGUAUUAUUGGAGAAGCCAACAAAGGACGCUCCACAGCUGGCCAUGGAUAGAUCAAAAGAGGAGAGAGACAUGGUGAGAGUUAUGGCAGAUAUGGUCCCAUCUUGCCCAAGAACUGCCAGCAUUCCAGGCUUUCCGUCUACACAUCUGUCCAAGGAAGUCAAGGUAGAGAGGGAAUCUAACAUGGCAGAUCUAAUGCCAUCCUGUCCAAGAGUGGCUGGCACACUCAGAUUCCCUUCUCUUGAAAGUCAGGUAGAGGAGUGUACAAUCAACACUGAGGCAAUUUGGGAGAAGACAGUGAAGGGGAAAGAAGGGGUGACCAUUAGGUCCAGUCCACAUUUGGACAGAUUACAAGAAGAGCUAAUGAAACACACGGUGACUAUGGAGCCAUCGUGCCCUACUGCAGCAAGUAUUCCCGGCUUCCCCUCUGCACCACAUCCCAAAGCUGAGGUAGAUCUAAGUAUGUUGAGUCUUGUGCCCGCUUGCCCUAAAGUUUCCAGUCUCCCGGGUUUCGCAUCCACUGAGGGAGCUACAACAUUAGAGUGGCUUGUUGACCCUAAGCCUAUGUUUGAGCACUUGCAGAAAAAGAAGAAGAAAGAAGAAGAAAAUGUGUUUCCAAAAGACAGAUCAAAAGAAGACAGUGAAAAAAUGAAAGCAAUGGUUGCUUUGAUGCCAUGUUUCCCAAAAGCAUCCCUGAUUCCUGGCUUCCCCUCUGCACCACAUCCAGAAGCUGAAGUGGGGAUAAGUAGUGUGAAUCUUGUUCCCUCCUGCCUUAAAGUUUCUAGUCACCCUGGUUUUCCAUCCAUUGAGAGGAAUAGGGAAGCAGGGUGGGUUUUUGAUCAGAGCUCAUUGUUCAAGAGACCGUUAAAGGAUAGGAAAGUCAUUAUUGACAGCUUAAAGGUAGACAAAGAGGAAAUGAAAACCAACGUUCCUUUGAGACCUUCAUGUCCUGAUGCUGCAAGGAUCCCUGGCUUCCCAUCUGCACCACAACCCAAUAUGUUGAGUCUUGUUCCCACUUUCCCUGAAGUUUCCUGUCUCCCUGGCUUCACAUCCACUGAGGGGUUUACAACAUUAGAGUGGCUUGUUGAGCCCAAGCCUAUGUUUGAGCACUUGCAGAAGAAGAAGAAAGAAGAAGACAUUUUUCCAAAAGACACAUUUAGGAAGGAAGACAUUGAAAAAAUGAAAGCAAUGAUUGCUUUGGUGCCAUGUUGCCCAGAAGCACCCAUGAUUUCUGGCUUCCACUCUGUACCGCAACCCCAAGAUGUCUAUUUUGAGCCAACUAUACUCAACCUUCUUCCAUUGUGUCCAAAAGUCUCCAGUAUUGCAGGUUUCCCAAUCCGUCAGCAAACUGACAGAAAAGAUUGCCACACAGAUCUGCCCGAGGAUCAUCAGCCAUUAUGGGAGAAGAAAAUUAAGGUGAACCCAGUUUUGAUAAUGGAAAGAUCAGAAAAAGACAAAGCCAAGAUGAAAGGAAUGGUGGCUUUGGUUCCAUCUUGUCCCAAAGUGGCUCAUAUCCCUGGUUUCCCAUCUGUAUCACAUCCCAAAGUAGUAUUUUAUGGGCCAAGUAUGAUCAGUCUAUCAUGCCCAAAAGUAUCCAGUAUUGCAGGUUUCCCAUCCCAUCAGCAAACUGACAGAAAAGAUUGGCACACAGAUCUGCCCGAGGAUCAUCAACCAUUAUGGGAGAAGAAAAUGAAGGUGAAGCCUGUUGUUAUAAUGGAAAGAUCAGAAAAAGACAAAGAAAGUAUGAAAGGGAUGGUGGCUCUGGUUCCAUCCUGUCCAAAAAUGUCUCUGGUGUCUGGUUUCCCAUCUGUACCACAACCCAAAGAGGUCUAUUAUGGGCCAAGGAUGAUCAGUCUAUCAUGUCCAAAAGUCUCCAGUAUUGCAGGUUUCCCAUCCCGUCAGCAAACUGACAGAAAAGAUUGGCACACAGAUCAGCCUGAGGAUCAUCAGCCAAUAUGGGAGAAGCAAUUGAAGAAGAAGCUCAUGUUAUUGAUGGAAAUAUCACAAAAACACAAACAAGAAAUUAAAGGAAUGUUGGCUCUGGUACCAUCUUGUCCGAAAGUGGCUCGUACCCCUGGUUUCCCAUCUGUACCACAACCCAAAGUAGUAUAUUAUGGGCCAAGUAUUGUCAACCUUCUUCCAUUGUGUCCAAAAGUCUCCAGUAUUGCAGGUUUCCCAUCCCGUCAGGAAACUGAAAGAAAAGAUUGGCACACAGAUCAGCCCGAGGAUCAUCAACCAUUAUGGGAGAAGAAAAUGAAGGUGAAGCCUGUUGUUAUAAUGGAAAGAUCAGAAAAAGACAAAGAAAGUAUGAAAGGAAUGGUGGCUCUGGUUCCAUCCUGUCCAAAAAUGUCUCUGGUGUCUGGUUUCCCAUCUGUACCACAACCCAAAGAGGUAUAUUAUGGGCCAAGGAUGAUCAGUCUAUCAUGUCCAAAAGUCUCCAGUAUUGCAGGGUUCCCAUCCCGUCAGCAAACUGACAGAAAAGAUUGGCACAUAGAUCAGCCUGAGGAUCAUCAGCCAAUAUGGGAGAAGCAAUUGAAGAAGAAGCCCAUGUUAUUGAUGGAAAUAUCACAAAAACACAAACAAGAAAUUAAAGGAAUGUUGGCUCUGGUACCAUCUUGUCCGAAAGUGGCUCGUACCCCUGGUUUCCCAUCUGUACCACAACCCAAAGUAGUAUAUUAUGGGCCAAGUAUUGUCAACCUUCUUCCAUUGUGUCCAAAAGUCUCCAGUAUUGCAGGUUUCCCAUCCCGUCAGGAAACUGAAAGAAAAGAUUGGCACACAGAUCAGCCCGAGGAUCAUCAACCAUUAUGGGAGAAGAAAAUGAAGGUGAAGCCUGUUGUUAUAAUGGAAAGAUCAGAAAAAGACAAAGAAAGUAUGAAAGGAAUGGUGGCUCUGGUUCCAUCCUGUCCAAAAAUGUCUCUGGUGUCUGGUUUCCCAUCUGUACCACAACCCAAAGAGGUCUAUUAUGGGCCAAGGAUGAUCAGUCUAUCAUGUCCAAAAGUCUCCAGUAUUGCAGGUUUCCCAUCCCGUCAGCAAACUGACAGAAAAGAUUGGCACACAGAUCAGGCCGAGGAUUAUCAGCCAUUAUGGGAGAAGAAAAUGAAGAAAAAUCCAGUUGUGAUAUUGGAAAGAUCAGAAAAAGACAAAGCCAAUAUGAAAGGAAUAGUGGCUCUGGUACCAUCUUGUCCAAAAGUGGCUCAUACCCCUGGUUUCCCAUCUGUACCACAACCCAAAGAGGUAUAUUAUGGACCAAGUAUUAUUUGUCUUUCAUGUUCAAAAGUCUCCAGUAUUGCAGGUUUCCCAUCCCGUCAGCAAACUGAAAGAAAAGAUUGGCACACAGAUCAGCCCGAGGAUCAUCAGCCAUUAUGGGAGAAGAAAAUGAAGGUGAAGCCUGUUGUUAUAAUGGAAAGAUCAGAAAAAGACAAAGAAAGUAUGAAAGGAAUGGUGGCUCUGGUUCCAUCCUGUCCAAAAAUGUCUCUGGUGUCUGGUUUCCCAUCUGUACCACAACCCAAAGAGGUCUAUUAUGGGCCAAGGAUGAUCAGUCUAUCAUGUCCAAAAGUCUCCAGUAUUGCAGGUUUCCCAUCCCGUCAGCAAACUGACAGAAAAGAUUGGCACACAGAUCAGGCCGAGGAUUAUCAGCCAUUAUGGGAGAAGAAAAUGAAGAAAAAUCCAGUUGUGAUAUUGGAAAGAUCAGAAAAAGACAAAGCCAAUAUGAAAGGAAUAGUGGCUCUGGUUCCAUCCUGUCCAAAUAUGUCUUUGGUGCCUGGUUUCCCUUCUGUACCACAACCCAAAGUAGUAUAUUAUGGGCCAAAUAUGGUCAACCUUCUUCCAUUGUGUCCAAAAGUCUCCAGUAUUGCAGGUUUCCCAUCCAAUCAGCAAACUGAAAGAAAAGAUUGUCACACAGACCCACCCAAGGAUCAUCAACCAUUAUGGGAGAAGCAAAUGAAGAAGAAUCUGAUUUUAUUGAUGGAAAUAUCAGAAAAAGACAAACAAGAAAUGAAAGGAAUGGUGGAUCUGGUACCAUCAUGCCCUAUUGCAGCAAGUAUUAUUGGCUUCCCCUCUGCACCACAUUCCAAAGCUGAGGUAGAUCUAAGUAUGUUGAGUCUUGUGCCCGCUUGCCGUAAAGUUUCCAGUCUCCCUGGUUUUGCAUCCACUGAGGGGGCUACACAUUUAGAAUGGCUAGUUGACCCCAAGCCUAUGUUUGAGCACUUGCAGAAGAAGAAGAAAGAAGAAAACAUUCUCCCAAAAGACGGAUCAAAAGAAGACAUUGACAAAACAAGAGCAAUGGUUGCUUUGGUGCCAUGUUGCCCAGAAGCAGCCGGGAUUCCUAGCUUCCCCUCUGCACCACAACCUAAGAAGGAAGUAGAUAGUGUGGAUUUCACACAAUCUUGCCUCAAAAUCUCCAGUCUACCAGGUUUUCCAUCUACGGCCAAAGUCCAGACAGGAAAUUGGCACGUUGAACAGAAGCCUCUGUUUGAGAAGACACUGAAAGAUAAGACCAUAAUAAUCAAAGAUAGGUCAGCAGACAAAGAAAAUAUGAAAAAUAUAGUGGCAUGUGAAAGUCUCACUCCUGGAUUCCUGUCCUUACUACAACCUAAAGCAAUGGAAGAACAAACCAUGUCUGCUCUACUCCUAUCUUGUCCAAAUGAAUCUACAGUACCUGGAUUACCUUCUAGACAGCCAAUUGAAUUGGCUCUGGCCCAGGGAGAAGAAUCUGUGAGUUCUAUGCAGCCAUUGUAUGAAAAACCAUUGAAGGAUAGGUCAGAAGAUACAGUGCUUUCCAAGCCUGACCUAGGCAGUGCAGUUGGAGAUGAAGGCCUUAAAACUAUGGUUGCACUGGCACCAUCUUGCCCCGAGGCAGCAAGCAUUCCUGGUUUUCCGUCUGCGCCCCCUCACGGUGCAGAGUCUGUAGAGGCACAUGAGACAAGUAUGCAGACAGAGGAGAAAGAGGUUGCUGGGGAACCAGCAGAGUAUGUUCUAGAUAAGGGUGUCCUCAGCAGCCCACAAAUAGAGAAGGUCACAUCUGAGGAGAUCCAAAAGCCCUCAGCAGUGUCAGAACCAGAGCAAGUCUUGGGGUGGGAGGUGCUGGAGGCUGAGGGUUCUGUGGCAGAGAAGCUGGAGGAGGCCUCUGGCCUUCUACAGACUAUUGUUGGUGUCUUCUCCAGAGGUUAUGAAACAGUAGCAGCCAUUUUGGGUCCGUCUGGUUCCCCUCCAACAGAAGAUGCAGACAGUAGCAUUGUGGACCCAGAGGACAGUGCAGUCCCAUCUGAGAGCUCCUCUGAACCUGUCCCAGAUAUAUCUACCCUCAUUCAGGAAGCAGUGUCUGGAGAGGCACCGCAUGUUGAGGGUGAAACCAAACCAACUAUAGAGCUCCCAACCACUACUGAGUCAUCCUUGUUUACUCUGGAAGACAAGCAAUCCAACUCUCCAUCGGCAGUGAGACAAGACAGUGAGGAUGGGUUUGUUGGAGUCGAAGGCCGAAGCAGUAUGAGAAAAUGGCCGCCGUUGACGGAGGCUGACCUUACUGAGAUCUCCAGAGGAGAGUUUGUGGUAACUGGGGAAGAAGAGGUUACCCUUGACUCAUGGGCGCAAGUAGGGGAGAAGUCAACAUUCAAAGUGCAGGAUUCUGGACAGAUAACAGGUUAUGUUGAAGUUUUUUCAGCAGGGUCACCUAUCAAGACAGAAUUAUCACCUUCAUUACACCUGGACAAGGGCCCCCAACACGCAAGCACAGAGGAAGCCUCUGUGUCUACCUCACAACCUACUGCAGACAAGUUGCUGGCAGAGGACAAGUCUGAAGAACAUAUAGUACCCAUCCCAGAUAAACCCUCUGAAGAUCAGACUGUCACCCCAGUCACCUCAGUUGAAACACAAUCAGAAGUUGUCCCCCCUCAGAGAGGCAGAAAGAAAAAGCGAUCCCUUCCACAAGAGUCUCAACAAAAAGCAGAUGACCAAGGAAGUGUGGCUACCCAGGCUGUCCCUGCACAGGUAACGACUAAACUGGUCGCUCCUCAUCGUGUGAAGAAAAGAGAGGGAAGUCUUCCACCAGAAACUCAACAGCAAGCUGAUGCUCAAGGGAUUGUAUUUAAUGUAGUUGCUUCACAGCCUCUAAGGAGAAAUGACAGCCUCACUCCAGAGCGCAAACAGAAAUCUGAGAAUGUAUCUGUACAGAAGCCCAUUGAAGUAGUCGCUUCCUGCUGUCCGAAGAGAAAAGACAAUAGUCUUUCAACAGAACCUCUAAAGAAAGCUGAUGGUCAGAAGGGUUUCACUUCCCAGGCAGCUGCUGAGGUGGUCCCAUCACGGCCUGGUAGUAAAAGAGACUGUAGUCUUUCAACAGAGCCCCAACAGAAAGCUGAUGCCCCUGUCCAGGCGCACACAGACGUGGUCCCUCCUCGCCGUACUAAGAAAAGAGACAGUAGUCUUCCUGCAGAGUCUCCACACCGACCUUUGAGGAGAAAGGAAAGCUUCACUAAAGACACAUCAACACAGGCAACUGGCCUGGUCCCACCUCCGCGGCCAAGUAGAACCUCUAGAGCCUCCAGUGCAGAACCUUCAGAGAAACUUGGCCAGGUAGCCACUGAACUGAUUCUACCACAGCCAACUCCGAAAGCUGAUGAGCCAGAGAAUCUGAUUGCCCAGGCGGUCACUAAGCUGAUUCCACCUCAGCGCACAAGGAAAGCAUCUCCCUCUCCCGAGCCUCGUCAGAAAGCUGAUAAUUUAGAGAGUGCUACUGGUCAGGUCACAACUGUUCCCCUAACACCAGAUCAUGUACCGACAGAGUCGUACCCGGACUUUGGUGUGAGAGAGACUGCCCCCCUCUUGAUCAUCAGAAAAAUUGCCCCGCCAAGGCGCAGCAAGAAAACAAAUUCUCCCCCAGUGGAAUCAGGCAAAGCAGAAGAUGAGGCUGUGGUUGUAGAGGCCCUGAAUGCUGCCAACCAGGGGUCUACAGCACCAGGCCAUAUAGAGGAUCUGAUGAUAGACUCGUUUGAAAAGGUUGAGGCUGAGAUGCAGUCUCAGGAAGUCACAGAAAUGUCCACUGAGCCAGUUGAAGAUAAGCCAGUAAUUUAUAGGCCGCUCAUUGGCAAUGCAGCUCAGAAGGCAUUGACAGAGGACACUGCGCCAGAAGUAAAGACUGAGGACAAGCAGGAGUACUUACCAGUCCCAAAGCCUCGUGGGAAACGAGACCCGACCCCUCCUGUCCAUUUAGAUGCUACCAGACCAAAGACCCGGCAUGCCUCUAGUGGGGAUGACAACGAUUCUACCAGAGAGAGAGGACGUUCACAUGCAGCCUCAGCCUCUGUGCUUGAACCACCUCGACGCAGCAAGAGGAGCAGUAGUCUUCCUCCCGUACCCCCUGGGUGCCAGCCUGCAGCAUCUAGUGAAGUGGUGGUUGCUCCUCUGCGUAGGAGGAGGAGUAGACUAAACAUAGAACAAUCAAGCAUGCCUGUUCCAGUUCCCCGCUCGAAAAAACGCCUCAGUUCCACUUUCUCAGAUGGAACUCCUUCAAUGGACUCCUCAUUCACCAGGCAGACAGACUCCCUCGAGGGCUUGCUGUCUCUCUCUCAGGAAGACAAUCAAGCCACCAGUCAGGAAGCCACAGAGGGUUCAAUAUCAUUAACCUCAAGCAUGGUCUCCGAAGGGAGCUUUGUCACAAUUCUUCACUCAAAGGAGAUAUCACCAGAAGUUAUAGUCUGUGAGAAGGGACUGGAGGAGAGUGGGGAGAGCUGGACCUUCACAGAUACCGCUAUGGUCACUGAGGCCUUCACAGAUACUGUAAGCGAGGACAUUGAGAGGGGUUCAGAGGCAGAGACUGUCUUUGAGAAGGGACUGGAGGAGAGCAUGGAGAGCUUGACCUUUACAGAAACUGCCAUUGUCAUGGAGUCCUUCACAGAAACCCCUAAGUUCUUCGCAGACACUGUUAGCGAGGACAUUGAGAGGGGUUCAGAGGCAGAAGUGCUUGAAAAGACCUUUCCAACCACUGCUACACCAGCUGAGGACGACUGGUUACAUGUUAAGGGAGCCAACGAGACAGAGAAGAUGGAGGUAGAGAGAAAAUACAUGGGGGUUGAAGAGGUGGACUUUGGCUUUGAGUCAGUAGACGUAGCUGCCGGAGGCUUAGACGAGGAGAGUCAGCAGGAGGCAGCAGAGGAGCCAACAACGCCUAAACGCAGACCUGCAAACUCUCAGGAAAUGGGUCAAGACAGUGCUGCUUCUCCAGAAGGCCUCAUGGCCAGUCCUGGCCUGGUCACCUCCAGCCAGUCACUACUGGAGUGGUGUCAGGAGGCCACCAAAGAACACAAGGGGGUCAAGAUCACUAACUUCAGCACAUCCUGGAGGAACGGCCUGGCCUUCUGUGCCCUUCUACACCACUUCCACCCGGACAGGAUAAACUUUGAGAUGCUGGACCCUUAUGACAUCAAGCGCAACAACAAGAAGGCUUUCGACGGCUUUGCUGCGCUGGGCAUCUCUCGGCUGAUGGAGCCCUCAGACAUGGUCCUCCUGGCCGUGCCUGACCGCCUCAUCGUCAUGACCUACCUCAACCAGAUCCGCACCUACUUCUUGGGCCAGGAGCUGAGUGUGCUGCACAUCGAGGCGGACAGCAGCGAGUCCAGCUACGGUGUGGCCGGGGAGAGCAGGGAGGGCCCCGACCCGGAGGCCGCUGCACGCUACUGUCAACGGAUCCAAGAUGAGGCCCUCACAAUGGAGACCAAUGGGGGCGCUGCGGAGAAGGAGGCCUAUAGUGACACUAAGGGGGGCACCAAUGGGGAUGUGGUCCCGCCCCCUAGAACCAAGCGGCCGCAGGCUGCAGGGGCAGCAGGAGGGGCCCAGGCCCCCGUCGCACCCCCCAGGACACACUUCUUAUCUGCCAAGUCUGGGUUCUCCCACCUAAAGGAUGCAGAUCUGGUUAAGAAGCGGCGGUCGCAACGCAGGUCAAUAGACGAGGCCGACUCAACCGAGGUUGCUACAGGUCAGGAAGAGGAUGGAGCUGCCCGAAGGAAAUCAGAAACCGAAGGGGAAGCUGGUGAAGAAGGACGAUCGGCUGAGGAGGAGUGCCAGGACGCCAGCCAGUAUGCACUGAGCGAAAUGAAGGCCCUAGAGGCGGAACAGAAGCACAUUGACAGCAGGGCAGACAUCGUGGAAAGGAGACUACGGCGACUGAUGGAGUCAGGUAGUGACAAGAUGCAGGAGGAGAAGCUGAUUCAGGAGUGGUUCACUCUUGUCAACAAGAAGAACGCCCUCAUCAGGAGACAAGACCAACUACAGCUACUACAAGAAGAGCAGAACCUGGAAACAAGGUUUGAGAUGCUGAACCGAGAACUGAGAGACAUGAUGGCUACUGAAGAGUGGCAGAAGACAGCUGCUCAUAAGCACAGGGAGCAGCUGCUACUGCAGGAGCUGGUGUCUCUGGUCAACCUGAGGGACGAGCUGGUCCACGACAUGGACGCCAAGGAGAGAGGGGCUCUGGAGGAGGACGAGAGGCUGGAGAGAGGCCUGGAGCAGAGGCGCAAGAAGUACAGCAAGAAGAGCAAGCAGGAGAAGUGUGUGCUGCAGUAAGGCCUGGCGUCGGACACACCUGAACCAGGCAGCCCAGUGGAAGGUCACCUGGGUGCGCUUUGGGAUUGAUGAUGUAUGUGUGUGGUUCAUGACAUCCACACUGCAUGGAAGAGACUGAGAACUGUGUUAAGUGACUGCACUAAGAGGACGUAAAACGAUGUUCGCCCCACCCCUUUCUCCAUGAUAUGAUUGAGCCUCAAUCCAACCUAUGACUGGUUAUCAUCAGUCACUUUGCUCUUCAGAUUGUGUUUUGAUUGGAUUGAAGUGUUUUUCUUGUCGCAUAUGUUUCUAUAUGGAUGCAUAGUGUUUGUGUACCUGUGUUUGUGCGUGUGAAUGUGUGCGUUGAUGCGUGUCAUUGUGUGUGCAAUCUAUGACUGUAUGGCUUUAUUUUGUGUAUUAACUUAAGGUCACAAAGACAUAUCCCUAACUAACUUAUCACCAGAUAGUUGCCUUACUGUAGAAUCUGUUACAGUAGUGUAUUGUAUAAUGGGUUACUUAUAAAAGGUAUUUUCCACUGAAUGGCAUAUUAUGGACGGGACAGGGCUCCAGUCACUAUGUAUACCAAAGACCUACUUUAGGCCCAUGCAGCAGGUAGAUUGAUUCACCCGUCUUCACCUACAGUUACAUGAAACUGACAGGAGCAGUCUGAUUUAUUGCCAAUUACAAUGGAGAGAUGGGAAGUUUAGUACUCAACUUGUGCCAAACAAAUAAUGCCAAAAGGAUCUUUCUUAUUUCUUGCAGUAUGUUGUCUUGCACUGUGCAGACAACACACAGCAAACAUCUGUUGUCUGAUUGUUUAUCGCUGUGGAUGUUGAGGAAAGAAGAAAACUGACAUUGUUGACAAGGUCUUGGGAUUGAAGAUGUUAAAUGUUUACUUGCAGUGCUCCAACACUCAACCAGAGUGGGAGAUUUCGGAGGAAAGGGAGAAGGACGGGAGUCUAUACUAUACGGUAGCUAGUACCGUAUACUACAGCUCGGUGUCUGAAAGAACAAAACCGGAAGUAUGAACUUUGUUCCCAGUUCGCAUAUGUUUAUGCAGUGAGUUUGAGUUUAGUUACUGUUUGUGACAUUAGUCUUGCAAUGUCUUGUUUUCCAUUGAUUGGGUUUUGUUGUUUUAUGAGUUAAAUUAAUUGAUGUAGAAGCUGUGGAGUCUGAAAAUGAUACAUUUCAAGAUUAUCUAAAAUACUAGAGAACAGCAAUAUUCAAACAGAAAACAUCAGGCAAAUGCAUGUUUUGUAGUAUUUCCAUCUUUACCUCACCACUAUCAAUUACUAUAGUCUUAUGCACAUGGUUAUUACAGAAGAUGUAAUGUGCAAAAGUGUAUGCAGUUAA